AUGUCCCAAUUAUCACCACAACUGUUUGACAAGAUAAAAUACUUUGCCAAAUUCCCUCAAACAGGCGUCUCUCUUCGUCAGAUGGUCAUGUUUGGCCAAAAGCCCUCUCAAGGCACACUGUUCAAGGCAAGUCAAUUUCUUCAUGAGGAACUGCCUAUUCGACUCGCUCAUCGUGUCAAAGAGCUGGAAGAGCUGCCCCGCAAUCUGAGCAAAAUGCCAUCCAUCAUCAAGGUCAAAAACUGGUACGCCAAAUCAUUCCAAGAUCUUGUCGAAUUACAGCCACCGCAAAUAUCCAAUGCCAUGCGGGAACAGCUCAUUUCCAAGAGUGCAGAGAGCAGUUUACCACACAGUGUACCUAAUCCAUCACUUGCCCGUAUCAUCAAGCCCACUUACAAUUCAUUACAUCCAUCAGUUCCUAUUGGUCACAGAUACUACAAUAACAUUGAUCAGAUUGAAUGCUCGCCGGAAAUUGUGGAAUACAACAACGCAUUCGUAAAGACAAUUGAGCAAGUAAAGAGACGACACGACCCUGUAGUGACAACCAUCGCUCAGGGCAUUCUGGAAUACAAGGAUCACUUGAAUUCGCCGCUGAUUGACACCGAGGUGCAGCAAUUUUUGGAUCGAUUCUACAUGUCUCGUAUCGGUAUUCGCAUGCUCAUUGGUCAACAUGUGGCAUUGUACAGAGGACCCAGCAGAAAGGACUAUGUGGGUGUCAUUUGCACAAAAACAAAGCUUCGUGAUGUGGCUGUAGAUGCUAUCGCCAAUGCCAAGUUCAUUUGCGAAGAACAUUACGGUCUAUUUAGAGCCCCUGAGGUCCACAUGUUUUGCCCUGGCGAUAUUGAAAUGAUGUAUGUGCCUUCCCAUUUGAAUCAUAUGCUGUUUGAGCUACUCAAGAAUUCGCUGCGUGCUGUGGUGGAGAGAUAUGGAAUGGAUUACGAAGACGAAUACCCUGCUAUCAAAUUGGUGAUUGCUCACGGAAAGGAGGAUAUUACCAUCAAGAUCUCGGAUGAAGGUGGAGGAAUUCCUCGCUCAGGCAUUCCAUUGGUAUGGACGUAUAUGUAUACAACCGCACAAACACAAGAACUAGAGCCUGGACUAUCAGAUUUCAAGGCACCCAUGGCCGGAUUUGGCUAUGGUCUGCCCAUCUCAAGACUGUAUGCUCGCUAUUUCGGAGGAGAUCUCAAGCUGAUUUCCAUGGAGGGAUACGGGACCGACGUUUAUUUGCAUUUGAACAGAUUGUCAAACAGCGAUGAACCACUCAUAUAUGUGAAUGAUCAAGACUUUAUUGGUGCUUCGGUCAAUAUACCACCACCACAUGUGUCUUUUGAACCUCAAGAAGAUCAAGUCAUUGAAGCUGCUGUUUCUGCUUGA